UGUGUCAGAAGUCCGAGGAAACGCACGACGUCAACAAUGCUACCCACCUGGCUAACCGCGGCGUAUUUGCAGCCCAGACUAAGGGCAUACUGCCAGGAUGACCGGCUGCAGGUCCUUAGAAUCUGGGCCAAGCCAGCGACGGGGAAAGGAGAGAACUUUGUUGGCGUGAUGACCCGCAUCUAUGUGGACUAUCAGCUGGGCGAUGGAUCGGUUGUGAAUAAGACCUACAUAGUGAAACAGGCUCUGUCCGCCGAAGUUCCCCAGGCGGAGGUCUUUUUCGAAUAUGAGCUGUACACUCGUGAAAUGGACAUGUACGAGUUCAUUCUGCCCAAGUUGAAGGAACUGCUGCAAGAAGCUGGGCUGGACCAAAAACUAACUGCAGAUGCCAUCACCGUGGACCGCGAGUACAACACCAUGAUUCUGGAGGAUUUGGCACCGUACAAGUUCGUCAAUGCGGAUCGCGUGAAGCAGCUGGACAUGGCACACACCGAGCUGACACUGGAAAUGCUGGCCAAAUUCCAUGCCGCCUCCAUAGUUCUGCAGGAACGCCAUCCAAACCUGCUAACCAAGUGCUUCUACACCCACUUCUUUUCGCGUGACAAGAAGGCGUAUUCGGUGGUCUUCGCCGGUUUGUUCAAGGCGUUCCUCAGAUUCAUAGAUGGCUAGCCGAAUCUGAAGGAAGCCUAUGGCGACAAACUGCACAAGCUGCGUACCCACAUCAUGGAGUAUGGUGCCCGGGCCUACGAUGUGGGCGAAAGUGAUUUGAAGACAUUGAACCAUGGUGAUUGCUGGACCACCAACAUUAUGUUCCAGUACGAUGAUGCGGGUGAACCUCGUUCAGUUGUUGCCAUCGAUUUUCAGUUCAGCAAUUGCACAUCGCCCACCAUCGAUUUGCACUACUUCUUCACAACUUCUCUGAGGGAAGAGGUUGGGGACAAGGAAUCGGAGCUCGUUGAGCAUCACUAUAAGGCUUUAAAAGCGAACCUGGAGAAGUUCUCCUACAAGGGUUCACUUCCCACACUUCAGGAAUAUAGGCUUCAAUUUGAACGACGCCGUUUCAUGAGUCUUUUGGCUCACAUGUUUAAGCCUUGUAUGAUUUAUAAUGGAUCUGAAGAGACGUCAGAUUUCUCAAGUCUGUAUGCGGAGAGUCCUGAAGGACUUCGCUACCAGAAGUCGGUUUAUGCCAGUGAAGCUGUGAUCAGGAGUGCAACCAAACUGCUGGCCAUUCUUGAUGCCAAGGGUCUUUUGGAACUCCAGUAGGUUGUUUUAACGUUCACAACUUAUAUUUAAAAAAAAAUAAAUUAAGAUUUAAAGUCGUAAACGAUAAUAUGAUUAGGGAAAAGAGUAUCUGAUAGUCAAGGAACUCGAUCGACUUUAGAUUUCCCCCUUGUUUUGUUAUAGUUCAGUGCAAAUAGAUAGACAAUGUUUGUAUACCAAAUCACUUUUUAUAGAUCACUUAAAUAGAUAAGCUAUCAGCAAAAACUUAAUUGCUUUAAAGUAUCACAUAUGUAUAUACUUUCGUUUCGUCAUUUUCGCGUCACUUUCGGUGGGAAAUGAUUAAGU